AUGGCAGUGAACUUUGCAGAAUGCGCGGCAUCUACGGCGUCGGGCAUCUGCGGCUACCGCAGUAGUGAAAUCGGCGGUCGUGUGAAGGCCAAGGAUAGUUGCACCGCCAUUCUGCUGCGUACGCAGCCGCCGUCGACAUACCGGGAGCGUAGCAACAGCAUCCCAGGUUGCUGGUCACUGGUUGCGCGCGGCGGGCUCUGGUGGAUGCAGAACCCAUUUUCUCGUGUGGAUUCAGGCGUGUUGGAACUUGGAAGUGGUACAUGGUCGGAGACGGGGCGCCGCAAGCUGCAUCUGCCAUCGCCGGCCUCACGGCAUGUAACUGAGGCGAGGAGGCACAGCAACAGGGUGGCACUGGAGGACUGGUACGCAGCCAGGCCAGCGAGUGAGGGGAGGAGGAGGAGUGCCGAGGAGUGCCGUACGGAUGCGCCAUGCGUGCCGUGA